CACGCAUCAGCAAGAUGGUCUUUCGCUUCACCAACGAGAAUGACAAGGAGCUCAUGAGGGAAGCAAUUGCACAAAAGCCGUUUGCUGCAAAGUACGGAGACUCUGCUAGAGUUUGGGCCACCGUAGCUGAGCGUAUGUCAGCUGCUAUCCAAAUCGUCGUCCUGGAGAAGCAGGUCCGAGACCGAGUACGCUUACUGAAGAAGAUCUGGCGUGCCGGGGAGCUGCGCUCAGCCUUAGGAAGCGGCAUCGAGGAGACAUUAGAGGCUGUAAGCGAGCAGAGCCAUUACGACACGUUAGCCGGUUUAGUGGGACAAUAUUUGCUCCCAGAAGAGGCGUUCAUCGACGAUAAAAAGAAGCGCAUCAGCAACAAGAAAGCGGAUGAAGCAAGUGUAAAUCGGUGCGCUAUUGAGCUCGUAGACGAGGCCGUUCUUCGUCGAGCCCUUCGGCUAAAUGAAUCCGUGUUAGAUGAUGGCUCGUCGGACAGUGAAGCCAGCGUAACUUCGUCGUCUACUAGUUCCACCCCAGCGAAAAAUCAACGGGUUGCCACUGCUUCUAAGCGAACUCCAACGAAAACCCAACGUAAGCGCAAGAGUGUCUUUCAUAUGGAAGCAGAGAGGCAAGAUAAGCGUAUGCGUGACGACAUGGAGCUUCGCCGGCAGCACUUUGACCAGAAAAUGCAGCCACAACUCCAACUCCAUCAAGAUGGCAUCGGUUUAGAAAGGGAAAUGCACGAAAGCUCAAUGCAAAUGGAAAUUGCCCGAACGGAAGCUCAAGAAACAGGAGAAGCGAAUCGGCUACGAGCUCAACAGGAGUCAGAGGAGUGCAACAGGCAGCUCAUACUUGAAUGCGUGAGAGUGUUCAGUGAGGCUUUUCAGAAGACUCGUUCCGAAUAAUUACGUACACACUUACACUU